AUGUCUUUUGAAAUUACAGAAAAAACGAUUGGAUUUGGAUUAGUCACUAAACUUCUAGACAGACGUGCUUUAGAAUAUUUAAUAGCGCGAGAUGAGAUUCAAUAACCAUCUGCAUAGAAAUCAAUAGUAUCUUGUCCAAGUUCAUCUGAAGCUUCAAACGUACAUGAUUUAGGAUUGGAAGAUUGCCUCAAAUCAGAACAACCUUAAGAGAAGAAAAAUGAAAAAUAAAUAGAGAAAUAAUAAGAUAAUCAUUAGGCAUUACAGUUUAACAUUGUACCACCCACUAAAUUUUUACGUCUUUUAAAAGAAGUACAUGUAAAGCUACUAAACUGA